CUAUUAUGCCAGAAACUAGAGCAAAUAAUUAUAUCAAAAACACUUCUUACGUUCCAAAAAAUAAUAAAAGAACUCAACAAAAAAACAAAACUAUGGAAACUCCUUCUCCAAAAGUUAUUAACAAAGUUAUUGAAAAUAUUAUCUUGUUCACUGAUAACAAUAACCAAACACCUUCUAAUACUGAAAAAGAAGAUACAACAAUAUUCUUGACAUAG